AUGGCCGAUUCUCUGACCGAAGAGCAAGUUUCCGAGUACAAGGAGGCCUUCUCCCUCUUUGACAAGGAUGGCGAUGGAGAAAUCACCACCAAGGAGCUUGGCACCGUCAUGCGCUCCCUCGGCCAGAACCCCUCCGAGUCUGAGCUGCAGGAUAUGAUCAACGAGGUCGAUGCCGAUAACAACGGUACCAUCGAUUUCCCCGAGUUCCUGACCAUGAUGGCCCGUAAGAUGAAGGAUACCGACUCCGAGGAGGAGAUCCGUGAGGCCUUCAAGGUCUUUGACCGUGAUAACAACGGUUUCAUCUCCGCCGCUGAGCUGCGCCACGUCAUGACCUCCAUCGGCGAGAAGCUGAGCGACGAUGAGGUUGACGAGAUGAUCCGCGAGGCCGACCAAGACGGCGAUGGACGUAUCGACUGUACGAAUACCCUCCCCCCACCCCCACGUCAAGUCGCAAUCCUUGAAGACCCGCUGACCCAAAUCGUCUACUAG